AAUUUCAGAAAUUUAUGACAUCAAACCCUUCUAGCCUUAUCUUACGUUCGCUUGGAGCAAAACGCAUCAAGAUAUGAAGGGGGCGUGUAGAGGGCCUCUCCACCAGAGUCUGUAUGCUGAAACCAUUUCAAUAAAUCUGUGCCUACCGUUCCAAUGGGAAUUAAACCAAGUUAUAUACAUACAACCACUUUCGUAGCUAUUUGUUCCACUCUGCUGCACAAACUAAUCGUUACUUGACCAUUGUGAAAGUCACUUAAUUAAGUAUUUGGAAAGAUAAUUAAAAGAACCCUGCGAAGUUCUACUAGUUAUGUACUAACUAGCCUAUAAGCCCGUCUUAAAGACGGUCCACAAUUAAAGUUUUAAGCCAACAAACAUAAAUCAUUAGAUGAAAGUAUUAUAUAAUGUGAUGUAUUAAUCUGUAUCGAAAUUAUAAUUCCAGAGGAAACAUACAUCUAAAUAUAUUAAACCUACAAAAAAUUUCGCCAUGAAAUUGUUAUCACCCCUCCCCCCAAUGGUUAUCAGUUGGGUCGCAAACCUAAUCAAUGUGGAAGGUCACCCGGCAAACUUAACAAUUGAAGAACAGGAAAAGAAUUUUCGAAUUGUUGGCGGACGACCAGCCACGAUAGGAGAGUUUCCAUACCAAGUUUCCGUUCAAACGUAUGGGUCUCACGUUUGUGGAGGGUCCCUCAUAUCGGACAGACACGUUCUGACCGUGGCUUCUCUCACCAACCAAGCUUCCCCGAGCAGUCUGUCGGUGCGGGCGGGGUCCUCGUUUCGUGGAAGAGGUGGCCAAGUCAUCAAGGUUCAGAGGAUUUGCCAGGAUCCGAGUUACUAUCCGAGGAACAAUGAUCACGACGAUGCCGUCCUGCUGCUACAUAAGUUCCAGCUUCAGUUUGGGUCGCGAGAUCCAGUACAUCAAUCUCGCCAAGCCCGGUUCCAGACCAGCGGUCGGAACGUGACCGGCUGGGGUGCUCUUUCUGAGGCGGUUCCUUGCCUUCUCAACUUCAAGUUGUGGAAGUUCCCAUGGUCAGCGAGGCGGACUGCAAAGCGGCAUAUGGCCAAAGUGCCAUCACAAAUACGAUGCAGUGUGCCGGAUAUAGUCAGGGAGGGAAGGAUGCUUGUCAGGGUGACGCGGGCGGGCCUCUUGUCUGUGGAGCUGUUCAAGUCGGGAUUGCAAGUUGGGGUGCGGGGUGUGCUCAGCCAAGAUAUCCUGGAGUAUAUACAAACGUCGGGAGCGUGAUGGACCAUAUUUCCAAUUGUUGAAGAUAUUUCUUUAUUCCGAGAUAUAACCGAUUCCGACAAACCUUUAAAACUGUAUAUAUCUACUAGCAAGGACUAGGCAUAAAAUGAUUGUCUGCGGCUUCGACCAGAUUAAAAUCAAAUUUUUAACACACCGAA